AUGUCUACAGCGCUAGAUUCACAGAGGCUGAGCCAAAUAUUCCAGUCUCGACCGGAUAUUAUCGACGGCAUCAAACGAGCAGCGGAUUCACCGGGACGCAUUACCCUCUUCAAUGAAAUCGCCAACCAUGUCUACGACCAGAUCCACAACCAGGCCGAGCCUGCCCUGAAGAGAAGAAAAGUUGAAGCUGGUACAGACGCGAACGGGACACAUCAAGCAUCUGGAGGCUCAGGAAACGCCGCAGACGAACCGGUGUUAUUACAUGUCAAAGAAAUAUCCGUCUCGGUCCCCCAAAGGAAGAAAUUCGAGAUAUGCCUUACUCAAAGCUUUAUCUAUGCGAGGACUCCUGGAACCACAGCCCCUAUUCCGGCUAUAACCUAUGCUUGGAAAGACAUUGAAUAUCUUUUCUACUUGCCUGUACCAGAAAAGGCACAGGUGCAGCACAACUACGUUCUCUUCCCGCGAGGGACAUGUCUCCCGUCAAGGACCAAUCCACCCACCAUUGAGCCGUUGGUCUUCACAGUCCCUGCUACGGCGCCGAAAGAGGGCACUAUUGGAGGCGCCGAAGUGUCGUCUGCGGCUGCUGUGUCGGACACGUACAAAUCACUCUUUCACUGGGCAUUUGACAGGCGGCUACGAGCAGCAGGCAACGCCAUCGAUCUUGUUUCUGCCGACCCCAACAGAUUUUGCAGCGUCGUUCGUCAGCCCCAUCGACCAAAUGAAAAGGCAGUCCACGUGAGUGGUUUCAGGGGCUCAAAGGACGGUUAUCUCUUCUUCCUCGAUAACGGAAUCCUGUGGGGUUUCAAGAAGCCGCUGAUUUUCAUUCCCCUGAAUCGCAUCGCGGCAAUCAGUUACACGAAUAUCCUCCAAAUCACGUUCAACAUGGUUGUUGAAACCUUCUCCGGAGAAGGCGAACCAAAUGAGGAACUCGAAUUCGGCAUGCUAGACCAGCAAGACUACGGAGGAAUCGAUGACUACGUGAAGCGCAACCGUCUUCAAGAUCGAAGUAUGGCGGAGCAAAGAAAGGCUAAACUACAACUUGCUGAAAACAGAGGCCCGAAGAAGGGCUCGGAUGAAGCAGAAACUGGCAACGCUGAAGGUGGCACAGAGUUGGAGAAGGCCCAGUUAGAGGUGGAGCAGCAGUUGCAAGACGAUGAGGACGAAGACGAAGAGGAUUAUGAUCCGGGAAGCGAUGGUGAGAGUGAGGGGUCCGGGGACUCUAGUGAAGGCGACGAUGAUGAUGAUGAGGAGGAGGACGGGGAAGGCGAAGAGUAUGAUGAGGCCGAGGAAGGAGAGGAAGGAGGUGACGGAGAGGAGGAGGAUGAGGGGGAAGAAGAGGAAGAAACAGAGGCCAGGCCAGAGCCAGAGCCCGUCAAGCCCGUGAAGGCAGAACCAGUCAAGCAAAAGGUUGCUCAGGUCCCCGUCCGUCAAGGAUGGGCAAGCAUGGCCAGCUCACGGCCACGAGAUGACGUGGACAUGGAAGAAAAGUUUGAUGUAGUAUGA